UGGCGAGAUAGAACGGCAUGAGGUACCCCGACUUUUAUCUCGAGCCGCUCUUGUCCUGACGCAUAAAAAAUAUUGCUGACAUGGAAACAUCGGACGGCUUUCGGCCCAAACGCAGCGCAUCCGUGCUGGCGGGCGUAAGCGUCGUGCUUUGCGGGGAUCUGGGUGGGACGAACUCAAGGCUGGAGCUCUUUCGUGUGGAGGAUCCGAGAGGUCUGGAUGCUUCGGCCCUCCACCAAGUCGGAAAAAUCCAGCCCUUAUCGAAGUGCACGUACAAGAACGACAAUGUUGAAGGUAACUUCACAGACCUACUUCAUCAGUUCCUCCGCGAUUCAAACCUGCCGCUGUUCGAGCUCGUCGCCGGAUGUCUGGCCGUGGCAGGUCCCGUGAGUAAGGACCGUGUCGUAUUCACAAAUCUGUGCUGGGUCAUUGAUGCGAGGAGCCUCGAGGACGAGUUCGAGAUGCCCCGCGGGUCCAUGCGCCUCGUGAACGACUUCGCGGCCAACGGGUACGGUGUCGUAACCCUUGAGGCUUCUGACUACGACGAAAUUUCGCCGCAUGGACCAAUCGUACCAACCGUGGGUGCGCCUGUCGCUUGCGUUGGCGCCGGCACGGGCCUCGGCGAGACCUUUGCCACUAGCUCUGAGACCUCGGGGGGAUUGAUAUAUGAUGCAUGGCCUUCCGAGGGGGGCCAUGUUGCGUUUGCGCCUCGCGACGACUUGCAGUGUGAGCUCUUGCUCCACCUCAUGGGAAAAUUUCACGGUCGUGUCUCCACCGAGCGCGUCGUCAGCGGAAAAGGCAUCGUCAGCAGGAGGCAUCGCCAUCAAGAACGUCGACCGCAUCAGAGACCCUGACUCGCCCUUCAUGAGGGCGUACCUUGACCGUGGACGCCUCAAGACCGUGCUCGACAAGAUACCACUCCGUCUUGUUACGGUCGAUGACCUUGGCCUCCGAGGUGCCCACUAUGUUGCCCUCACGAUGCUCAUCGAGUCCAAUAUCUGCAAUAAAACUACCCCCCCUUGUUCAAGUAUCGCGGCGCCGACAAGCUCAAGGCGCUCCUCCAAUUUGGAUGCGCCCAUUGAGCCACCCAAACUUGGGACGAUGGACUUGGAGAUGAGCAUCAGGGAGAUAUCAACCUCGAUUAAAAGAUGCUCGUUCGCCCUCGCAAUCACCGCCCUCUUCGCUUCCGCAUUGGCCGCUCGAAGGACUCCGCCGUAAGGAUAUGCAUCCGACCUGCUACGACUCCGGCGCUCUCGGGGCUUUUCGAUCUGGUGCAGCACGGUGGCGGGCCUGGGAAACCCAACGAAGCUGAGUUUGCGGCUUGCCCCUCCCCCUAGCCGCCCUUAAGCGCCCCGCGCCUGGCGCC